UUCAUUUAGCUGCUGAGCGCCGAGCUGAGCUUUGUAAUGGUUGUCCGUUUUAUAAGGUGGUGUUUGUGGGCCCUUCUCCACCAUGUGAUUUUCGCUGUUUUGCUUUGAAAUCCAGUGACAUGACGGCAUUUGACGCUAAUGGAUUACCCGACGUUGUCCUCUUGAAGAUAUUCAAGCUCCUGAAAUUCUCCGAUUUGUGCAAAGCUGGAAGGGUAUGCCAGAGGUGGUACGACCUCUCUCGCAGCCAGGCCCUCUGGACCAGCAUCGAUGCCAGCGAUCCGGAGAUCACCGCCAGCCAGAUGGAGCAGCUGGCCGGACUCCUCACUCCGUCGGUCCAGCGGCUCCAUGUCACCUCGUCGCCGCGUCACUGCAGACUCUUCCUCACUGCCAACGCCCUCCGCGACCUUCGCAGGCGCUGCCCGUUCCUUUCCACCCUCAUCGUGGACAACGCUUCGCUGGCCGUCCUCAACGACUACUCGUCCAUCACUGUGGCAGACCUUCCGCCCACCCUCCGGACUCUGUCCCUUCGACGUUCCUUCUUCCAGGCAGACCGCUUCUUCGCCCUCCUCGCUGUCCAGAACCUUAGCGUGCUCGACCUGAGCUUCUGCUGGUGCGUGUCAGAGUCGGACAUUCCCUUCCUGACGCAGCUUCCCAACCUGCACGAACUCUACCUCGAACAGUGCGAGGCGAUCCGCGACACCGGCAUCGCGCUCAUGGUGAGCCACGGGAGGAACCUGAGGAUCCUCGCCGUGGACGGGACGCGGAUCACGGACGAAGCGCUGCGGACCAUCGCGGAGAACUGCACCGUCCUGGAGAAGCUGUACUUUGGUCGGACAGCGGUGACCGACGUCGGAGUGUCGUAUCUGUGCACCAAGGGCGGCCACCUGCCGCUGCGGGAACUGUGCCUGUUGCAGACGUGCGUGUCGCCCGAGGCGGCCAAGUCGCUGUUGGCGACCUUUCCGCACCUGGGCUGGUUCAACUUCGACCAGCCCGUCGACCGCACGCGGAGGUUCAGUGUGCGCAGGAGGCCCUGGGAGUUCUGGGAGAUCUGCAACCACUUUCUGGAACGUGGUGGCCUGGUCGUGCGUGGAUUUCAGCCUCAGCAGUAUCUGCUCACACAUCAACGCCUGUGGACACAAUGUCACGCUUAUGACUCUUCAAACAAAAAGCAAAAAAAUUUCUAAAUUUCUGGUA